AUGGCCCCGUCCGCUCCCUCCGCCCGCAACGCCGGUGCUCCGUGGACGCCGUCACGACCGUCCUCAUCCUCGUCCUUCGCGACAAACCCCCGAUUCUCCUACAACAUCGCCGCCUCCUUCAUCGCCAAAGACCGCCCGUAUGACCCUUCCACCCACGUCUUCCACUUCAACCCCUAUAACCGCAUCCAACCCCCACGGCAGCGACGCCGCUCCUCCCGUCCAGACUCGGGCCACGAUGCAUUCUUCGUCUCGCGCGUAAAUGAUUCCGGCGCCGUGGCGUUUGGUGUUGCGGACGGCGUUGGAGGAUGGGUAGACUCGGGCGUCGACCCUGCAGACUUCUCACACGGCUUCUGCGACUACAUGGCCGCGGUGGCCUACGAGCACGACGGUGCCGAGAACCCGCCCUUGACGGCGCGACGGUUGAUGCAAAAGGGCUACGACGCCGUGUGCAACGACAGAAGCCUACACGCGGGUGGAAGCACAGCGUGUGUCGCCAUCGCCGCACCAGACGGGACUCUUGACGUAGCCAACCUUGGCGACUCUGGGUUCCUCCAUCUCCGGCUCAAUGGCGUCAACGCAUACUCGGAGCCGCAGACCCACGCCUUCAACACACCGUUUCAGCUUUCCCUCAUUCCUCCCCGGCUGGCCGCUCGAAUGGCCGCCUUCGGGGGAACGCAGCUCAGCGACCUGCCUCGCGACGCCGACGUGACGCAGCACUACCUGCGCCACGGAGACGUCCUCAUCUUCGCUACAGACGGCGUCUUGGAUAACCUGUUCAAUCAGGACAUUCUCCGCAUCGCCAGUCGCGUCAUGGUCUCGAGUGGCGCCUGGCAGAUGACGAACGCCGGUGGCGUCCGCUGCGCCGACUCGAUAGAUACCCUCACCCGCACACGAACCGGCGAUAGCCCCAGCGAGGGGAGCCCCGAGCGCACAGUGACGCUCCAGAGCCUACUGGCCACGGAGCUCGUCGGAGCCGCAAAGAGCGCCAGUGUCAACACCAAAAUAGACGGUCCUUUCGCCAAGGAGGUGCAAAAGUACUAUCCCCACGAACAAUGGCGCGGCGGCAAGGUCGACGACAUAUGUGUCGUCGUCGCGGUCGUCUCUGAAGAAUCGGCUGGAGCCAAGAGUAAACUCUAA